AUGCUUGACGAUCCAGCGGUGAGUGUAGGCAACGCGGAAAAGGUGCGCCCGUCUGGCGUCGUGAGCGAGGCUGCAACGAGCGAUGGCAAUGUGGCCCCCAUCCACCUGGGAGCAGCUCGCGACGAGGACCCCAGCAUGGCGAGAAAAUUGCUCAUCAAGUGCGACCUCCGCCUGAUUCCCAUCCUCGGAUGCUUGUACCUCGUGUCCUUCUUGGACCGCUCCAACAUUGCCAACGCGCGGCUGUUUGGGCUCGAAAAGUCGCUGCACAUGCCAUCGACAGGCUUCAACACCUGCCUCUGGAUCUUUUACCUGCCGUUUGUGGUCGUGGAGAUUCCAAGCAACCUCUUCAUGAGCAUGAACAAGAUCAAGCCGAACCAGUAUCUCGCAAGCGCUAUGCUGAUCCUCGGACUGGUCUCCAUGUGCCAGGGACUCACGAGGAGCUAUGGUGGACUUUUGGCGUGCAGAUUCAUCAUGGGCAUUCUGGAAGCGGCUUUGCCCCCUGGUGCCGCUCUUUUGAUUGGUCAAUAUUACAAGCGCAGUGAAUUUUACAUUCGCUUUUCCUACUUUAUCUGCUUUGCGCUUCUGGGAAGCGCAUUCAGCGGUUUUCUUGCGUACGCCAUCGAGCACAUGGAUGGAAUGCAGCGCUAUGAAGCGUGGCGCUGGGUUUUCAUCCUGGAAGGUCUCUUCACCUUUGCUUUCGGCCUCGGGGCAUGGUUCAUCAUUCCCGCCUUUCCUCAGGAUGCGACGUUCUUGAGCCCGGCAGAAAAGGAGCUUCUGCUCACGCGCCUACGUCGCGAUCGCGGCGCCGAAAAGAUUGACCUCAAAGGCAUCGACUGGAGCCAUGUGCUUUUUGACUGGAAGAUUUGGUCUUUUACGCUUCUUUACUUUUGCGCAGACAUGGGCGCUGCUUCCAUCUCGUCAUUUACGCCCACCAUCCUCAAGGAGCUUGGAUGGACCGCUUCCAAAGCACAGGUCAUGAGCAUCCCCAUUUGGAUGGUCGGAAUCGUCGUCACACUUUCCACGUCGUACGCCGCCGGGAAGCUGUCUCGCCGGUGGCCGUUCGUGCUGGCCGGCGCCAUUUGCGCCCUCGUGGGUUGGUGUCUCCAGUAUGCACAGGUGCAGCCGGCAGCUGUUCGGUAUUUUGCGCUCUACAUCAUCGCAUCUGGCUCUUUCAUUCAGUUUCCCAUCCUAAUUGGCUGGCUCAACAGCAACCUGAGAGGUCGUCCGCAGCAAGCCAUCGCGAGCGCCGUGCAGCUUGGCAUCGGAAACUGCGCCAACUUUGUCGCCAGCAACGUCUUCAUCACGCUCGAGAGACCCAAGUAUCCGACCGGCUUUGCUACGGGUGUCAGUAUCGCGGCUCUUUCCAUUGUGACUCUGCUGGCGGUGACACUGGCCCUAGCUUGGCAUAAUCGCAAGUGUGAGCGUGGGCUCAAGGGCGAAACAGAAGACCAGGAAGAUCAAGCAAGCUUUCGAUACGUAUUGUAG